CUCGAGCGGUGCUUCCCCGCCCUCCCGCUAGGGCGGCGCUGUUCGGGAAGCCUCCUUGCCUUUGCGGAAGGCGCCGCUCUUGGCGUUGCGGCAUCGCUGACACUCGGAGGCGAGACUUCCUCCGCGGUUGCAGGCUGAGUGCGGCACCGGUGUGGGCUGCAGCUGCAGGACGUUUCUCUGUGCGGCUUGCCAUGGAGCGCUCGGGGCCCAGCGAAGUGACAGGCUCAGACGCGUCGGGACCCGACCCAGAGCUGGCAGUUACCAUGGGCUUCACGGGGUUCGGAAAAAAAGCUCGCACAUUUGACUUGGAAGCUAUGUUUGAGCAAACUCGAAGAACAGCUGUGGAAAGAAGUCGGAAGACACUGGAAGCAAGAGAAAAAGAAGAAGAAAUGAACAGAGAGAAAGAAUUAAGAAGACAAAGUGAAGAUAUUGAACCCACACCAUCAGGCUCAAAUAUGGCCAGAGAUUGCUCAAAAUCAUUAUCCAGGGAUACCAGUAGCAGUGAAAGUGAAGACACUUCUGAUUCUUCUUCUGAUGAGUUAAUUGGUCCUCCUUUACCUCCUAAAAUGGUAGGAGAACCAGUUAAUCUUAUGGAGGAAGAUAUCCUUGGGCCUUUACCCCCACCGCUUUAUGAAGAAGGAGAAGAUGAUGAUGAUGACGAAGGAGAAGAUGAAGGAGAAGAGGAAAAUCCUGUCCAAAAGAUUCCUGACUCACAUGAGAUAACACUGAAGCAUGGCACUAAAACAGUUUCUGCUUUGGGUCUGGAUCCCUCAGGUGCCCGUUUGGUGACUGGAGGAUAUGACUACGAUGUUAAAUUUUGGGACUUUGCUGGAAUGGAUGCUUCUUUUAAGGCAUUUCGAUCCCUUCAGCCCUGUGAAUGUCAUCAGAUCAAGUCAUUACAGUACAGUAACACAGGAGACAUGAUUCUUGUUGUAUCUGGAAGCUCACAGGCCAAGGUGAUUGAUAGAGAUGGUUUUGAAGUAAUGGAAUGUAUAAAGGGAGACCAGUAUAUUGUGGACAUGGCCAACACAAAGGGUCACACAGCAAUGCUUCAUACUGGCUCAUGGCAUCCCAAAAUAAAGGGAGAAUUUAUGACUUGCUCAAAUGAUGCGACUGUCAGGAUAUGGGAAGUUGAGAAUCCAAGGAAGCAAAAAAGUGUGUUUAAACCACGGACAAUGCAGGGUAAAAAAGUUAUUCCUACUACGUGCACAUAUAGUAGAGAUGGAAACCUCAUAGCAGCUGCCUGCCAGAAUGGAAGCAUACAGAUCUGGGAUCGCAAUUUAACUGUUCAUCCUAAAUUCCACUAUAAACAGGCUCAUGACCCAGGCACAGACACUUCUUGUGUGGCUUUUUCCUAUGAUGGUAAUGUCCUUGCUUCUCGUGGAGGUGAUGAUACAUUAAAAUUAUGGGAUGUCCGACAAUUUAAUAAGCCACUUUUUUCAGCCUUGGGUCUUCCCACCAUGUUCCCAAUGACUGACUGCUGUUUUAGUCCAGAUGAUAAACUCAUAGUCACCGGUACCUCUGUUCAAAGGGGAUGUGGCAGUGGCAAACUCGUUUUCUUUGAGCGCAGGACUUUCCAAAGAGUGUAUGAAAUAGACAUCACUGAUGCGAGUGUUGUGCGCUGUCUGUGGCAUCCAAAGUUGAACCAGAUCAUGGUUGGAACUGGAAAUGGAUUGGCAAAGGUCUAUUAUGAUCCCAAUAAGAGUCAGAGGGGAGCAAAAUUAUGUGUGGUUAAAACUCAGCGGAAGGCGAAACAAGCUGAGACUCUAACCCAGGACUACAUCAUCACUCCUCAUGCCUUGCCUAUGUUCCGUGAGCCCCGCCAACGGAGUACCAGGAAACAGCUGGAGAAGGACAGACUGGACCCCCUAAAGUCACACAAACCUGAACCUCCUGUAGCAGGCCCAGGUCGUGGUGGCCGAGUUGGAACCCAUGGAGGUACUCUUUCUUCCUACAUCGUGAAGAACAUUGCUCUGGACAAGACUGAUGACAGUAAUCCCAGGGAAGCCAUUUUGCGUCAUGCCAAAGCAGCAGAAGACAACCCAUAUUGGGUUUCUCCAGCUUAUUCCAAGACUCAGCCCAAAACUAUGUUUGCCCAAGUUGAAUCUGAUGAUGAGGAAGCAAAGAAUGAACCAGAAUGGAAAAAACGUAAAAUUUGAAGAAUUUUGUUUGAGAACCGUUUGCAUGAGAGGAAGGGAUGUGGAACAGUGUUUUGAUUUCUUUAAUGCUUAUGAAAUAAAAAAUGCAUUUUUAUGAACA